GGGUGUGGCCUGGCUCGAGUGGUGGUGUACCAAGGAAAACCAAGAAGAAAGAAAGAAAGCAGUCUGGAAGCAUCAUGAUAAGGAAUCUCAGAACUCAGCCCUUCCUCAGAACAGGAACAUUUCGACUGACAACGAACCAACACCACCAACUGCAGCAUCGUAUUCAUACACCAGUGGCAGCACCACUGCCGCACAUCAGGCUAUUCCAUCUCAACAGACCCUUGAAGGCCCCUCAAGUUGAGUCCGCGGUCCAAUCGAAUACGCAACUGGCGGUCGGUCGAUUUGAGCGGGCCAGAUUGUUCUUGAACAGGCAUAGAUACCUCAAGGUCCUAGUUAUUGGCUUUGGCUCAAUCGGCGUGGUUACAGCGAGUUGUUUUGUUUGCCUCUUGGGAUUAUUGGCUUACGACGCAACCACCUACUCGGAAAAAAAUAUUGAACGCGUGCCUGUUCAGCCUUUAGCACUAGAGCCAACCCGGGGAGGACCCAAGAAUCUGAAGAUUGCUAAUUACUUAGUGGGAGACCAAGAUGAUCCGGAAUUUGAGAAGCUAUGUGAUAAACCAAAGUUAGUGAUUGUAGGAGGAGGAUGGGGCGCCAUGGGACUCAUCAACUCACUCGAGCCGGAUAGCUACCAUGUGGUGCUGAUUGCACCCGAGAAUUAUAACUUGUUCACACCUUUAUUACCCUCAGCCACCGUAGGAACGGUCGAGACUAGAUCGUUGAUCGAGCCUCUCAGGAAGCUCGUUGCACGCGUCAAGGGCCAUUAUUUACAGGCAUAUGCGGUCGACGUGGAUUUCGGGGAACGGCUGGUGGAAGUAAGAGGGCGGGAAAAGGAUGAUGAACCUUUCUAUGUUCCUUAUGAUAAACUAGUGAUAUCCGUCGGCUCGGUCUCCAAUGCGCAUGGCGUGCCCGGUCUGAAGUAUUCCUCACAACUCAAGACGAUCGACGAUGUCCGCGAGAUUCGACAGAAGAUCAUCAACAAUCUCGAGCGCGCAAGUUUGCCCAGUGUUAGUCAGGAGGAGCGAAGACGCUUGCUCAGCUUCGUCGUUUGUGGGGGUGGGCCUACUGGCGUCGAGUUCGCUUCGGAGCUGUACGAUAUGAUCCACGAAGACGUACUGAAAUACUUUCCCAAGUUAUUGACUAACGAAGUGUCUAUCCAUCUCAUCCAAUCCCGAGAUCACAUCCUGAACACCUACAGUGAAAAAAUCUCUCAAUAUGCUGAAGAUCGGUUCUUGAGAGCUGAGAUUGACACGAUUCUGAAUGCUCGAGUCAAAGAAAUCACACCUACUUCAGUUAGUUACUCUAGCAAAGUCGACAAGAAUCAACUACACACCAUUCCUGCUGGGUUCGUGCUUUGGUCAACAGGGAUCGCGAUGAAUCCACUGACACAAAAACUGGCCCAGUAUCUUCCUAAUCAAUACCACAAACACGCCUUGGAAGUCGAUUCUCAUUUGAGAGUCAAAGGGGCCCCUCUUGGCACUGUUUACGCAAUUGGAGAUGCUUCAACCAUUGAAACUAAUCUAGUUAACCAUUUGUUGGAUUUGGUCGAUCGAUGUGAUACUAAUCAUGACGGUCAAAUUGACUUUGACGAAUUCGAAGCAAUGAUCAAACAGAUCCGUAGGAAAUUCCCCACGGCUCAAGUCCACAUCGAGAAAGUCAGGGAUGUGUUUGAAAAGUAUGAUUCAGAUAAAGACAAUAAACUGGGAUUGAAUGAAUUAGUGGUCAUGUUCCAAGAGAUCUCGAACCGAUUGACAUCCUUACCAGCGACUGCACAAGUCGCUGAUCAGCAAGGGAAAUACCUGGGGAAGAAGUUCAACCGGUUCCAGUCCCCGAAAGCGUUAAAGUCAAUCGAUCAGAACGAGCUGGUCAACUCGGACUUGGAUGAGAUUCUCUUCGACCCUUUUGUUUAUCGUCACCUUGGCAGUCUGGCUUAUAUCGGGAACUCGGCUGUGUUCGAUUUCGGGGACAAAUAUGGUAGCUUUGCUGGCGGUUUGGUAGCUGCAUACUUAUGGAGAUCGAUUUAUUGGUCUGAACAAGUCUCUACCCGGACUAGGACGUUGAUCCUUUUGGAUUGGAUCAAAAGGGGCAUCUGGGGUCGAGAUAUCUCUAAGAUUUGAUAAGUUGAGAAAUUACACAUUCCUCAAACUUGGGUGGAAUCACAAUCAAAUGUGUUUGCUUUGUAUAGAGACAAUAUUUAACCAUUCAGCCAUUCUUCUUGGCUUGGCUAUUUCCACUGUGACCUCACACUCACAUUUAUUAAAUUAACACUUUUUCUUUUCAUCUUUUUGUAACUUAUAUAAACAGAUAGGAGCAUGUCUAAUUCCCACAUUGACUUGUAUGUUGUAUUCAAACAUUUCCUCGGCCCCUAGUCUUGUUCUAUCACCUCCAACUUGUUGGCUUGUGAUUGUCUUGUGUUGAUUGUUGUACCCUUUCCCUAUUCCAAACUUUCCUAUAUCUAGUCAUGCUUUAUUUCUCUAUCCUGAUCCAAGGCAGCAG